AUGAUUAGAACUGUGAAGCCAAAAAAUGCGCGCUCUAAAAGAGCAUUGGACAAGAAACAACCAAAAAUAGUGGAAAAUGUGAAAACUGCUCUUUUUGUUCCAGGACAAACAACAAACCAGGCACUCCAUGAUAUUUGCAUAGACUUUGCAUCUCUUAAGGAACCAUAUCAGAAGAGACUUCAUAAGAAAAACAAAAUACUUCCAUUUGAAGAUGCAAGCAGCUUAGAGUUUUUUAGUGAGAAGAACGACACAUCCAUAAUCGUUUUGAGCACCAGCAACAAAAAGAGACCAAACAAUUUGACCUUUGUGCGGAUGUUCAACUACACUGUUUAUGAUAUGGUGGAGAUGCAGGUUAUGGGCAAUUUUAAGCUUUUAAAGGACUUUAAAACAAGAGCUUUUCAGGUGGGCUUGAAGCCAAUGUUCACGUUCCAGGGUCAAAUCUUUGACACAGUCCCUGUAUUCAAGCAGGUUAAAUCAUUCUUCUUGGACAUGUUUCGCGGAGAGGUGACAAACCUUCUUGAUGUUGCUGGUUUACAGUGGGUAAUCUCCAUUUCGGCUGUUGAAGAGGAUGAAAACAACGAGUCCGUUUCGAAAUUCCCGCUGGUUCACUUCAGGGUUUAUAAGCUUGUGACAUAUCAUUCUCCAGAACCAAAGCUUCCACGAGUGGAGCUUGUAGAGACAGGACCAAGAUUAGAUUUCAAAAUAGGAAGGUACCAGUUGGCAUCAGCCGAGGCCCAGAAAGAGGCAUUUAAGAUUCCACCUCAGCUUCGUAGGAAGACGAAGAAGAACGUUGAGACAGAUAUGCUUGGCGAUAAGGUUGCAACAAUUCAUGUUGGUAAGCAGGACUUAAGCAGAUUACAAACUAGAAAGAUGAAGGGUCUUAAGAGUAGAUAUGAUCAACAUCCAGAGGAGGAGCCAGCUGAUGUCAUAGAGGAAGAGGAAGAUGGUCAGGAAAAGAAGAGGCAAAAGCUAGAGUGA